CUUGAUCGCAGUCUCUGUGCCCAGGUUGUAUUCAAUCAAAAUGGCCGUCCAGAAAAGCAAGAAGGCCUCCUCUGUCAACAUGUCCAAGGACAAGAGGAAUACUACACCCACACAACUCGUCGCCGCUAUCUCCGCCUACCUGGCUGACGCGGGCUUCUCCAAGACAACGGCGGCUUUCACCAAAGAGCUGUCUAGCAAGUCGAUCGACUCCACCGCGAAGAAUGUGCCGUCUCUUCUGGAGCUGUUCCAGAUCUGGGAGGGGCAGAAGUCUGCCUCUGCUAGCACUACCUCGAGCUCGAGCUCAUCUGAUGCUGAGAGCGAGAGCGAGAGCGGAAGUGACAGCGACAGCGAGAGUGAGAGCAGCUCCGACGAAUCUAGCUCCUCCGACGUCGAGAUGAACGAUGCGCCCAAGAAGGAGGCGAAGAGCUCUUCCGCUUCCUCUUCCGACAGCGACAGCGACAGCGACUCUGACAACUCCGACGACGACGACGAGGAGGAGAAGGAGGGGAAGAAGACCCCGGCCAAUCCCCAGUCCCAGGGCAUGAAGCGCAAGGCGGAGUCCAGCUCCGAGUCGGAAUCGGAGUCCUCCGAGGACGAGGCGCCCAAGCCGAAGAAGGCGAAGAAGCAAGAUUCUUCUUCCGAGUCCGAAUCUGACUCCGACUCCUCUUCUUCAGAGGAAUCCUCCGACGAAUCCUCCGACGACUCGGACUCUGAUAGCUCCUCCGACGACUCAGAUUCCUCCUCUUCUUCCUCCUCUUCCUCCUCCUCCUCCGCCUCCUCCAGCAAAGCAGCCCUCAAGAACGCAACCAAGACUCCCCUCCCGGAGUCCGACUCUUCUUCCUCUGGAAGCGACACAAUCGAGAACUCCAACGCCACCAGCCAGGAACCCACUUCCUCCAGUGCCAGCCCGGCCCCCGGAACGGACAACUACUCCAGCAAGAAGAAGCACGUCGGGGCGCGUCCGACGCCCCUGGCUGCGCUGAGCGAGCUGCCCCACGACCACCCGUCCAACGAGUACGUGCCCUACGCGUAUGCCGAGCGCGCGUGGAAUGACCUCUCCGUGACCCGCGGAAAGGGCUUCACCAAGGAAAAGAACAAGAAGAAGCGUGGCUCGUACCGCGGUGGGCCGAUUGAUAUCUCGGGAGGGAAGUCAUUUAAGUUUGAUGAUUAGAUUAUCACCGAGGGAACAACUCGACAAUUCGGCUUCGGGGGGGGAGGGCUUAAUUUAGACUAAGUUGAGCUGAGCCGGGCUGAGAUCUUGUAUCUCAAUAUGCCGCUCGGCCCUCAAGCGAAAACCAAAAACCGGAUCUGAAAGCAAGGAAGAGGAAACGAGGAAAGGAAUCAAAGAAAGAAGGGAAGAAGAAAAAAGAGUUCAUCAUCUGUUCUAUGCCCCCCACCCAUAUCAUACUUAGAUCUAGAUUCCAGACGGGGCGUUCAUAUUCAAACUACUAUCUAUCUACAUCAACAACAGCAAGGCGCUAAUGGAGCUGGUCGGAUUAUAUGACUACCACUAUCUUACAUGUUUCUUUACCCUCUUCAUCGC